AAUUUCUUUUUUAUUUGCUAGUGCCAUUUCUGUGGAGUUGUAUUAUAUUUUUGCUACUGUCUGGGGCCGAGAACAAUAUACCUUAUAUGGUAUAUUGUUUAUUGUAUUUUUCAUACUUCUGAGUGUAACAGGAUGCAUCUCUGUUGCUCUGACAUAUUUUCAACUUUCGGCAGAAGACUACAAAUGGUGGUGGAGAUCUAUAUUUUCUGCAGGAUCCACAGGUGUAUUUGUGUUUAUCUACGCGACAUUCUACUAUGUACAGCGGUCGAAUAUGGACGGAUUACUACAAGCUGUGGAAUUCUUUGGUUACACGUUAUUGACCUGCUAUGCUUUCUUUCUGACUUUGGGCACAGUAUCUUUCUUCGCUUCUUUGCAUUUCGUGAGAUAUAUCUAUCGCAACGUCAAAAUGGACUAAAAAUCGUUUGUAAAUUUGUGUGAGAAUUGUAUACGUAAGUCGUUAAGUAAAAUCUCUGGAAAGCGUUUAUGGAAA